CCGGGAGGUGUCGCUGCCCGCCGCCACGCUCGGUGCGGGGCUGAGCAGCUGUGGCGGUGGGGGGUGAGGUUGCCGUGCCGAUGCCCUGGGAGGUGCUUGAGCCGUGGAAACGGGCUGUGGGUGAAACCUCCUCCGCGGGUCUCCUCCCGCGGCAGACGCCUUCCCCUGAGCUGGCAGGAGGAGGAGGCAGGCCCUGUCGGCAGAGCGAGGCGGCGGCGGUGUGAUCAUGGCCGCUCAGUCUUCGUCCACACAGCAGCUGCUGCGCUACAGCGUGAAGUUGAUCUUCGCCGAGGAGGAGCUGUCGGCAGGGCUGACGCUCAACAGCCCCAGCCAGACAGCCCUGCAGCUGGAGGUGCAGCUGGGAGACGAGGACGCGGACGUGACCGUGACAGACGCUGAUGGAGUCUGUGUGUUUAAAUGCCUGGUUAACAGAGAAACUGAAUAUUGUCGUGUGGGAAAACAGUCUUUGUUAAUUACAGUGGGAUACAACAGUGCCUUGAUUCAGUUCAAAUCGCAAUCCGAAUACAGCACAUUUUCAGAUGCAUUGAAGAAAUGUCGUAACAAAAAUAAGGAGGGCUCUGUGUUCAGUCAGCGAACAGAUGAAGCAUCUGCGCUUCAGUAUUUUCAGUUUUAUGGCUAUCUGUCUCAACAACAGAAUAUGAUGCAGGAUUUUGUGAGGACAGCAACGUACCACAGAGCUAUCCUACAGAACGACGUAGAUUUUGUAGACAAGGUGGUCCUAGAUGUUGGCUGUGGAUCAGGAAUCCUUUCAUUUUUUGCAGUGCAGGCUGGAGCUAGAAAAGUCUAUGCAGUUGAAGCCAGUACAGUAGCAAAACAUGCAGAGCUGUUGGUGAGAAGCAACAACCUUUCUGACAAGAUCGUAGUUCUGUCUGGAAAAAUUGAGGAGAUCUCUCUGCCUGAGAAUGUUGAUGUGGUAGUUUCUGAACCGAUGGGUUAUAUGUUGUUCAAUGAACGGAUGUUGGAAACUUACCUCCAUUCCAAAAAAUGGUUGAAGACGCGUGGAAUGAUGUUCCCAACAUUCAGCGACAUUCAUCUGGCUCCUUUUUCUGAUGAGCAGCUGUACAUGGAACAUUUCUCCAGAGCCAAUUUUUGGUACCAAGAAUGCUUUUAUGGGGUCAAUCUGUCUAGUCUGCGCACUGCAGCUGUGGAUGAAUAUUUCCGACAACCUAUUGUGGAUACUUUUGACACCAGAAUUCUGAUGGCCCAGACAGUGAAGUACACUGUUAACUUCCUGGAAGCUGCUGAGGAAGAUUUACACAGAGUGGAAAUCCCUUUUGUUUUCCAAAUGACGCACUCUGGAUUAAUCCACGGCCUGGCAUUCUGGUUUGAUGUGGCAUUUGUAGGAUCAUUGGUAACUGUUUGGUUGUCCACUGCACCAACAGAACCUCUCACUCAUUGGUAUCAAGUACGUUGCCUUCUUCAGACACCCCUCUUUGUUAAAGAGGGGGAAUCUCUCUCAGGGAAAGUCUUACUUGUUGCCAAUAAGCGUGCUGCCACAAUGGAAACCAAGGGUAAAAGGGGGUUCGUGGGGAAGAGUGGAAAAGUGCCUUAUGGAAAAGCACCACAUGGGAAGAGGAAAUAUAAAAAAGAUAAUGAUUCAGGUCCACCAAAGAAACUCCUCAAGAAAGGAGACGAGGAGGGAAAGCCUAAAUCAAUUUCCAAGAAGUUUGUGAAAGGACAGUUAAGACCUGGAAGAGCUACUGUCAAACAGUUCAGGAAUAAACAGCAAUCAGAAAAGUUUGCAAAGAAGAGCAAGCUCCAGGAUGGAGAAGAGGGAGGGUUGGAUACUAAGAAGCCAAAGUGGAAUGACUUCAAAAAGAAAAGGAAGGAAUUAAAGCAAACCAGACAACUUAAUGAUAAAAGUAACUAUGACAUAAUUGUGAAAUCAAAGCAAAUAUGGGAAAGUGUGAGAAGGAAGAAGUGUGAUAAGGAGAAGCGAGAAAAGCUCAUGAAUGAACUACAGAAGCUUCUUCAUGGAAAAAUUAAAAGUCUGGCAUUUGCACAUGAUUCAACUCGAGUGAUCCAGUGCUUUAUUCAGUAUGGUAACGAGAAGCAAAGGCAAGAGACAUUUGAAGAACUGAAAGAUAGCUUAGUAGAGUUGAGCAAGUCAAAAUAUUCCAGAAAUAUUGUGAAGAAGUUCCUUAUGUAUGGCACAAAACCACAAGUUGCAGAAAUAAUAAAAAGUUUUAAAGGCCAUGUGAAAAAAAUGCUCCGUCAUGCUGAAGCAUCUGCUGUAGUGGAAUAUGCGUAUAAUGACAAAGCCAUUCUGGAGCAGAGGAAUAUGCUGACAGAAGAGCUAUAUGGGAACACUUUCCAGGUUUACAAGACACCAGUUGUCCCAACACUGGAUAAAGUAUUAGCAGCUCAGCCUGAAAAGAGGGAGGCCAUCUUGGAUGAAAUGAAACAGAUUCUUACACCAAUGGCACAAAAAGAGGCUGUGAUAAAACACUCACUGGUACAUAAAGUAUUUUUGGACUUUUUCACUUACGCUCUUCCAAAACAAAGAUCUGAAAUGAUAGAAGCUAUCAGAGAGGCUGUCAUCUACCUGGCACACACUCAUGAUGGAGCCCGAGUAGCGAUGCACUGCUUAUGGCAUGGUACUCCCAAGGACAGAAAAGUAAUUGUGAAAACUAUGAAGACAUACAUUGAAAAAAUAGCAAUGGGUGAGUUUUCUCAUCUGGUCUUGCUGGCAGCAUUUGAUUGCAUCGAUGACACUAAACUUGUGAAACAGUUAAUUGUAUCAGAAAUAAAUGCUGCUUUACCCAAUAUAAUAAACAACAAAUAUGGAAAGAAGGUCUUGUUGUACUUGCUAAGUCCUAGAGACCCUGCACAUUUUGUUCCAGAAAUUAUCACACUUCUGCAACAGGGAGAUGGAAAUGCCUAUAGUAAGAAGAAUACUGAACUCCGCCGUCGUGAACUCCUGGAAGCCAUUUCCUCACCUCUGCUAGAAUAUUUGCAAGAACAUACACAAGAAGUAGUCACAGACAAAGCCACCUUUGUCUUGGUUGCUGACAUCUUAAGAACAGCUGCUGGUGACAUCCAGCCUGCACUAGAUGCAAUUGCUAAUUUAGCAGCAGAAGAGCUUGUUCCAGGUGGCUGUGAUGGGCAGCUUCACAUUGCAGAGCAUCCAGCAGGCCAUCUGGUUUUGAAAUGGUUAAUAGAGCAAGAUGAAAAAAUGAGGGAGAGUGGAAAAGAAGUUUGCUUUGGAAGAACAUUGCUGGAACGUGUUGGUAUUGAGAAUAUGAAGACCUGGGCUGAAGUAAAUCGAGGUGCCAUUAUUCUUUGUUGCCUUCUCCGGAGCACCGAUCAAAAAGUGGCAAAUACAGUCAAAAAAGGACUGAAAAAACUUGUCCCAAAGUUGAAGCUAAAUAAAAAUGUAAAAGGAAUAGAAGCAUUGCUGGAGAAAUUGACUUCCUAGUGUAAAUGAAGCUAAAAAGACAGUUUACAUCAGUGCAACCAGCUGAGAUUUUGCAUCAUGGUUGUUUUAAGACAUGGUAUAUGCAUUUGUAAAUUAAAUAAUUUCUAAAA